AGGUAGCUCUACGUAUUUUUUUCUCUUUUGCGCGGUUUGUCAAUAUGGCGACUCAUUCGAGAAGUUAUGAUGUUUUAACUGACGAGCAAAAGCGUGUCCUAAGGUCUUUUUAUGACAGCGGUAUGAAAACUACAGCAAAGGAUAUGCACAAAACGAUAAUGCGAGCUGCUGAUGAGGUUGGGUUAAGCUACGAAAGAGUUAAGAAGUGGAUUGGAAAUGAGAGAAGGAAAAGAAAAGUAGUGGAAGGAGUAGAAACCAUGCAAGAAGAUACUGGGCAAUCAGAAAGCCAUGUUGUUAAAGGUCCUCCGCUAAAGCGUUCAACUUCAGGUUUCAACAUAUUUACAUCAAAACUCCUCAGCUCAGAUGAAUGUAAGAAAAUUGAGUCAAAAUCUGAGAAAAUGACCUUUGUUGCAACAAAGUGGCAGUCUCUGAGUGAUAGUGAACGAAGUGUUUGGAAGAAUGAAGCUAAGAAUAUUAAAAGAGUUGUGCCGUCACUGCUAACAUUGGAAGAGAAAAAAAAACAAAUUGCAAAGUCAAAAAAAAAUCUCAUUAAAGAGCUAACAUAUCUUGAAAGCCUGGGAUGUGAAUCAGCAGUUCUUAUGCACGACUCUGGAACUGGGACUGUUAACCAGUAUGGAUCAGCAAAAGGAGCACAGUUUCUGCUGCAAGAUAAUGCAGUGGCAUUGAAGUUCAUGAAUUUUUUCGAUACAACAAAUAGGGGUCCAAACUACACUAAUAAAGAUGUAAGAGACUUGUUUAACAAGAAGUACAGUGAAGCAUGUGGGAAACCUGGUUCUCGUGUGCCAUACCUGAAAAAAGGUUUCACAGUAACUGGUCUUCCUAAUGGAAUAGAGUUUAGAAAGCCAAAUAACUAUGGGGAAGAGAAAGUUAAAGCAAUAAUGAAUGCUCAAGAAGGCAUAGUUUUUCAACUUGAACCAGAGCCUAGCAUCACACAUUCUGAUCCUGCAGUAACUGAAGAAAUCGACCCCCAACAAGCUGAACUUCAACAUAUUUUAUGUAAGGUGGUUGACCAAGAAAAAGCUUUACAAGUGGUGACUGACCAAAUUUGCAUCGAGGAGAGUGAUAUGGAAGUCACAGAUCUUGCACUCACUGACAUGGAGUAUAAUCUGUUAACAACAAAUUACAGAAAUUGCUUCACAGAAGAUGCAUUGACUGCUUUGGCAGCCAAUUAUAAAUCAUUUUCUAAUCAUAAGGGAUACAUCCUGCCUGUCUAUACUGACACAGAAGAUGCUUAUUGGCUGUUUUAUUUUCCUGACAAGAUGUCUGAUCUUCUAAACCAGCAUUCUCAACAACAAAUUUGGGGAUAUUGGUUAAAUGCAACUGAAGACAAGUUGACAUUCAAGCUUAUUAUGUCAAAAAACAAAGUAUCUAUUGACACUUUGAAUAUUAUUACAAAGGAGAAUAAUUCAAGUAGUUUCCUAUUUUUACAAAAAACAUUGUUGCUUAAGACUAAGACAACAGUAAAUCUUCCUGAGCCAUUCCAUGACCAAAUUUAUGCUAUUUUAAACGAGUAUGGCUUCAUAUAGUUAUAUAUUUAUGAUU